AUGGCUAACCACAUCAACGACCACUGGCUUUGGCUGGGCAUUGGUCUAUUCUUCCUCGCUGCAGCCAAAGGAAUUCAAUACGCCAUUAACGACAUUGCUACCUUGACUGAGCUGGAUCCGAUCGAUGGAAAGCCGCAAGACUCAGACAGGCCGGAAGACUCAAUCUCCAUCUCCACCUUUCGCAGUCUCUCCGCCCACCCAAAUCCCUCCAUCGCCUCAGCAGCCCAAUCUCUCAUUGUCACGCGCUUCGCAGCCUCGCCCAACGCCGCAGACCUCAUAACAAGCGAUCUGACUUCCAGCGACGUGGAGAUUCAACGCAAAGCGAAGCAAGCAAUCGUCUACUUGCAAGAAUGGGAUGCGGAACUCAACGGGGCUGACACACUCCUUGAGGAGUAUGAUACAGCGCGUGAAGAAGCGGAACGAUUGCUUACAGGCACAGGACAUUUGCGUGCUCGUAGAUCGAGCGGGGAGCAGAGUCCGCUAUUUGGCCCGGAGAUGGAGACGGUGAGGCCAGUGACGACUCUGGAGGAUCUGGCGAGUACGAGGGAAGGUGCCUUGGAUGCACCGCGUUUCGCAAUGGAGAGUGCCCGGAGGGCGUUGCGUGGUGUGGACGAUGAUGAUGAUGAUACCCCAGAGCGAUUUGGAGAGGCGCGGUUUGCCGGUUGGGAGCGAAUCCCAACUCAGCGACCCGUAGUUGGAGAACGAGAGGACGAGAGACGGCGGCGGCGGCGAGAGGCUAUGGUCGUCAGUGAGGGCGAUGCUGGAGGGAUGUUCGAAUGA